UCAGGCCAGCACUCAAUCCACUGAGCCACACUAGCCAGGGCUCAAUAUGCAUUUAUUGAGUGAAUGGAUGAGUGCUUGAACUGUGCCCUGUGGGGAGUGAAACCAGAAUCCUGACUGUUUCAUUUCCUACCUUACUUCAUCUGGCUCCUUUUCUCAGAUGUGCUAGGAUAUCACAAGGGACCCUCUGACUUGAACCAUCUCCAUGUCCUGGACAGAGGGAAACUGUGCUCCCCCAAAACAGAACCAAAGCUCUGGGGUGCCUAGAGUUGCUCCUGGAACUUGGUCUUGUCCUUGGGCCCUUGAUGAGUGGCCUAGAUAUCUGGAUGCUCUGUCUCCAUGCCUCGAUGAUUCUCGACAGUGAUCUUGUAAGUGUUCUGCUAUGCAAAGACAGGAAGAAAACAGAGCUCGGGUAUCAGGAAGAAGAAAGGGAAAAAUGAGAUGGCUUUGGUAUAAAUAGAGAAUUUCAACAGAGAAGCCCAGAUUUCACUAACCAAAGCAGACUAACCAAAGCAGAACAAGUAGGACCGGAGGUGGGGAAAGAAGUGGCUGAGAUUGAGUAACUGGGGAGUUUCUUAUUCUUUCUGUCUAGCAUAAUAAGGGACAUGAAAGCAGGGUACCCCCUGUUUGAAACCUGACUGCCCACUAGAAAGGACUGCCCUUUCAAUGAGUUUGAUUUCUUCUUCCACUGGAGGAAGAACUUAAGGCUGGGAGAUUCAGUCUCCAUCAUGUGGAACGCCUCUGAUGCCAACUUUUCCUGCUACCAUAAGUCUGUGCUGGGCUAUCGUUAUGUGGCAGUUACCUGGGGGGUUGUGGUAGCUGUGACGGGCACUGUGGGCAAUGUGCUCACACUGCUGGCCUUGGUCGUCCAGCCCAAGCUCCGUACCCGCUUCAACCUGCUCAUCGCCAACCUCACAGUAGCUGAUCUGCUCUACUGCACCCUUCUCCAGCCCUUCUCUGUGGACACCUACCUCCACCUGCACUGGAGAACUGGCGCCACCUUCUGCAGAGUUUUUGGUCUCCUCCUCUUUGUGUCCAAUUCCGUCUCCAUCCUCACCCUCUGCCUCAUUGCUGUGGGACGCUACCUCCUCAUUGCCCACCCGAAGAUCUUUCCGCAAGUAUUCAGUGCCAAGGGGAUAGUGUUGGCACUGGUAGGCACCUGGGUGGUAGGUAUGGCCAGCUUUGCUCCCCUCUGGCCUGUCUAUAUCUUGGUGCCCGUAGUCUGCACCUGCAGCUUUGACCGCAUCCAAAGCCAACCCUACUCCACCAUUCUCAUGGGGAUCUACUUUGUGCUUGGGCUCAGCAGUGUCAGCAUCUUCUAUUGCCUCAUCCACCGCCAGGUGAAGCGAUCAGCACAGGCACUGGAACAGUACAAGCUGCGCCAGGCAAGUGUCCGCUCCAGCCACGUGGCUGGGACAGAUGAAGCCAUGCCCAGUCAUUUCCAGGAGCUGGACAGUGGGAUGGCAUCAGGAAGUCCUAGUGAGGGGAUUUCGUCUGAGCCAGUCAGUGCUGUCACCACCCAGGAAGGAGACUCACCAGAAGAGGGGGGCCAGAUCAACAGCAAAGUAGCUAAGCAGAUGACAGAGAAAAGCCUUCCACAGGCACCUGCUGAUGCCAGGCCAACUAAAGGAACCCAAAAAAUUCAGGACACUCCAUCAGAGUUUAGAAAAGUGACUUGGAUGUGUUUUGUGGUGUUCCUUUGCUUUGCCCUGAGCUACAUCCCUUUCUUGCUGCUCAAUAUCCUGGAUGCCAGGGUCCAGGCUCCCCGGGUUGUCCACAUGCUUGCUGCCAACCUCACCUGGCUCAAUGGUUGCAUCAACCCUGUGCUGUAUGCAGCCAUGAAUCGCCAGUUCCGCCAAGCUUAUGGCUCACUCCUAAAACGAGGGCCCCAGAGUUUCCGUAGGCUCCAGAGUUUCCGCAGGUUCCAUUAGAGCUGUGUUCCAGUCACCAGAAUCUGGGACUUUUUCAUCCAGCGCUAGAGUGUCCAAUUGGUAUGGGAGUAGAUGAAAGUAAGAUGUGUAAGCAUUUUCAUAGACAACCUCCCCCUAAACCCCAAACCAGGCCUCUCCCUUGCUGAAUGUCUCAGCCCUAGGCUCCUCAAGGCGUAUUAUUAAUUAUCAAUAAAAGAAUUCCAUCCUUAUAAUGCUCAGGUGUCAUCUUUGGGGUAAAAGGAAAUAAGCCAAUGUUGGGUUGCAGCUGGAACUUAAUAGUGGAGGGCUUGGGGGAUCCCAGGUCAGAGCAGGAGCAGAAAGCUGUGGGCCUGGGAUAUAGUCUUCAGCUGAGGGGUUUCCAGGUAUAAAACAUGGGAGUUUGGUCAAGAGGAUUAGGCUUCCUUUCUAAUUUCCCAGAAAUGGCUCCUGCCUCCUACUAUUGCUGUCAGGAUCCCUCAAAGCCUGCAAACAGAUGUUCUUCAGCUCAAAACAAAAUUUUAA